CCGAACCGCUCGUUAUAAAUAUAAAUGCAUAAAAACAAAAACAAAAACCUCUCAAUUUUAUCAUUUCAAAAGCGUAGACUUGUUCGCAGAAUCAAAAAUCCGAUUUUUACAAUCCUAUUUGCAGGAAUCAUGAGUGAUCACCUGAUUUUGUGUGUUGACCGCCUUGUAACGCCUGAUAAUUUGCAUUCCCUGCAAACGAAUGAGGCCCCUGGAUCAUCCAGUGAGGGUUCCAGUUCUCAAGCUCCUGAUCCACCGGCUUGUGCUAUUGAUGUUGAGGGAGUGGGAGAACAUGGUGUAUCUGAAGAAGAAGAACCACUUAUUCAAAUGGUGGAAUGUCGCAUAUGCCAGGAGGAGGAUAGCAUUAAGAAUUUAGAGGUCCCAUGUGCUUGCAGUGGCAGUUUGAAGUUUGCCCAUAGGAAAUGUGUCCAGCGUUGGUGCAAUGAGAAAGGAGAUAUAACUUGUGAGAUAUGUCAUCAGCCUUACCAACCUGGUUAUACUGCUCCACCACCUCCCCCUCAGUCAGAAGAUACUACAAUUGAUAUCAGUGAGCCUUUGACAGUCUCUGGUGCUCCCUUGGACUUGCAUGAUCCUCGACUUUUGGCGAUGGCAGCAGCAGAACGUCAUUUGUUGGAGGCUGAGUACGAUGAAUAUGCUGACAGCAAUGCUAGUGGAGCUGCAUUCUGCCGCUCUGCAGCCCUAAUUUUAAUGGCUCUGCUUCUCUUAAGGCAUGCACUGUCUCUCACCAAUUCAGAUGGAGAGGAUGACGCUUCUACCUUUUUCUCUCUUUUCUUGCUCCGGGCUGCUGGUUUUCUUCUUCCAUGUUAUAUAAUGGCGUGGGCUGUCAGUAUAUUGCAGCGUCGAAGGCAAAGACAGGUUAGUGUUGGGCUCCACCUUUCUCAGGAGAACUUUGAAAUAGUCCAAGAGGAGAGAACUUUUAGCAAAGGAGGUGAUAUCACACAUUCAAGCCAUGAGAAGUAG